AUGACUUCACUGAAUAAAGUUGUUCCAAAUAAUGGUGAUGCAAGGUCAAUGUUACCAAAUAAAUUCACUGCAUUAAAUCCCAAUGCAGCAGAGUUUGUCCCUUCAUGUGUUAUUAGACCAUCCUAUGGUAAUAGCACAGCUUCAGAUGCAAGUAAGUCUGAACUUAGGGGGUCCCCUGGAAAAAAAAUUCUAGAUAGGUCUGAGUCGUCCAAGUCUAAUAACUCAGACGAUGAGGCACACCAGUUCUGGCGUAAGCAGCUCCCAGAUGAUAUUAUUCCAGACUUCACUUCUUUCGAGAAAAUCGAACAAGAACCUGAAGAGCUGUCCCUUGCUGGAUUAUCCUUGAAUGCACCUCCGUUCUAUGGGACAAAAGCUAGCCGCUUGUCAAGAGAACACCAAGAGUUGUCUUCUUCAGCUAGCAACCUGGAACUUGGGCAUACCAAUUUAUUUUACGAGGAUAAUUCACAGGCAACCUUUUCAACUGUUGGUUCAAGUAAUUGGGAGCAAAAUUACGUGGGUGAUCUCCACUUUGCUAAUGAAAAUCAGGACCUUCAGUAUGAUCCUACCACGGGCUUUACUGACGGUUUUGCUAGUGAGUACGUUGCAGCAUCAGAUGGCCUCUUUGACCCCCUAGAGUAUUUAGCGUCUCAGUUUCCUGGAUUUUCAGCAGAGAGUCUUGCGGAGCUGUACUAUGCAAAUGGAUGUGACUUCAAUCAUACUAUUGAAAUUCUCACCCAGCUAGAGAUGCAAGUGGAUCCUACUUCCAAUCAGACAAUGAAUUUGACCCCCAGCUCACCAAACUUUAGUACGGGGGACUUUCCUGCCCUGCCAACAGCAGAAGAUCAAAAUGGUUUCUCCAAGGGAGAUAUGGAUAUCCUUGGCUUCUUCAGUGGGCGCAAUUCUUCCACCAUAUCUAGUGGUACUGGUGAUUUUGUUUCAGCUGUUCGGAAACUUGCAUCGCAGAAUUCUGGCCACAGCAAGUUCAAAAAGGGCUCUGAUUAUGGCAAUGGUGUUUCUACCGUUUCUGUACCCAAGCAGUACAGUUUUGGUUCUAAAACAUCUUCUGGGAACAAGUAUCAAAGUGUUAGUAGUGCACGUGCAGCUGCAACUCCAUGGCUUGAUACCGGCGAUUCAGUCGCAAACAUGUAUUCAGAAUCGAGGGAGGAAGCUCGUGAUUUUGCCCGUGUCCGAAAUGCAUGUUUUGAGCAGGCUAGACAAGCUUACCUAAUUGGCAACAAAGCUCUGGCCAAGGAACUAAGCAUCAAAGGUCAGGCCUAUAACUCGCAAAUGAAAGCAGCUCAUGAGAAAGCUAGAGAAGCUAUUUAUCGACAGAGGAACCCUGGUUCUUUGCAACGGGGGAGUGAUCGUCUGAUUGAUCUACACGGCCUCCACGUGAGCGAAGCAAUCCAUAUCCUCAAGGUCGAGCUCAGCUCCCUGAGGGGCAUGGCGAGGGCUUCAGGCGAAAGGAUGCAAGUCAUGGUAUGCGUCGGAACAGGCCACCACACCAAGGGCUCUCGCACCGCGAGGCUGCCCAUCGCCGUCGAGCAGUUCCUUCUGGACGAAGGCCUCCAUUACACGCAACCUCAGCCCGGCCUGCUUCGCAUCGCCGUGUACUAA